GCUUGUGAAACAGCUACGAGAUCAAGGGGAAACACACAUUUCCUUUACAUUCAGCUACUUGUUCAAAUAUGACUUCUGGACAUUUUGCUGUCUGAGGCAGUCCAAUUAAGGGUUAUGAAAGUCUCAAAUCAGUAUUUUAAAAAUGCAAAUACAGAACAGCAACCUCUCAGACCUGCAGCCCCCGGAGUUCAGAAUAGGGGCGAUUAUCUUUUACAGCAUUGUUUUCAUGAUCGGGCUGGCUGUAAAUGUGACUGCAAUCUGGGUCUUCAGCUGCACCACCAAAAAAGGCACAUCUGUAAACAUAUAUAUGACAAAUGUUGCUCUGCUGGACCUCAUUUUCAUAAUACUGCUGCCUUUCCGUAUGAUUUACUACGGGAGGAAUUACUGGCCCUUUGGUGACGUCUUCUGCCGCAUCAAUGCUACCCUCACCAUAUUUUACCCCAGCAUUGCUCUGUGGCUUUUAGCCUUCAUCAGUGUUGACCGUUACAUGGCAGUGGUCCAACCCAAACACAGCAAGGAACUACGCCACAUCGGCAAAGCUGCAGCAAGCUGCAUCGGAAUCUGGAUAAUGACCAUCGUGUCUGUUCUGCCAUUUAUGUUUUCAAAGAAUGACCCCGACAAGGUCUCAAACUUCACAACCUGCCUAAAAAUGCUGGACAUCAUUCACUUGAAGGAAGCCAACAGUGUGAACUUUAUCCGGGUGAUUUUCUUUUUCCUCCUGCCCCUUUUCAUCAUGAUAGGAUGUUACUGCAUCAUCAUCGACAAUCUCCUUAAAGGAAAAACAUCUAAACUGAAGCCAAAAACUAAAGAAAAAUCCAUUAAAAUAAUCGUGACGCUCAUUAUUCAAGUGCUGGUUUGCUUCGUUCCCUAUCACAUCUGUUUUGUUUUAUUACUGUUACAAAGCGGCCACACUGAUUUCAAUGCCUGGGCUGCCUUCACUACGUUCCUGAUGAACCUCAGCACUUGCCUUGACAUGAUCCUGUAUUAUAUAGUGUCAAAGCACUUUCAGGCCAGAGUCAUCAGCGUCAUCUACUAUCGGAACUAUCUACGGAGCGUACGACGGAAAAGCUUUAGAACUGGAAGCUUCCGUUCACUUAGCAACAUCAAUAUCAGUGAUAUGUAAAUGAUGAAUGGCCUUUUAACCAAAAAAAAGAAAAUGGCAAAUACUUGCAUUUAUGCGUUGCCCUGUCACAUUCAGUUAUCUCAAAGUACGCUGCACAAUGAAAUGCUUUUGAAGAGGAGUGCCUAUGUAAAUGCAGUAGCUGCACUGGCAUCACACAGACAGACACAAAAAUGACCAAUUUACCUGUUCUGAAGGCGUUCAUAGAGGGAAGAAAGUUAAUCAGGUCUCCAGGCAAAUGUAAUUUUAUAAAAUGCUCUGUAAAACUGCUCUCAUAAAUCUAAGCUGAAUAAAUGCUUACACAGCCCUUGAA